CCAGUUUUAUUAGUCUGCCUUAAUUCUUAGUCAAACCAUAAGGGAUCGGUUAUUUUUAUUAUGAGAUAUUUUUUUGUAUUGUCAAUUAUUCUAACAAUUGUGUUAUGUGUUUACACAGCCGAAUACAAUUGGGGUGAAAAAGGGUCAAAGGAUAAGCUUUUAGCUAAGGACAAGGUUACAAAUGGUGCUACUUUUGGAUUGGCCAAAACUAAGAAAUAUGUUUUCCAACAAAAGAAAACGGAUGCGUCAACUAUUACUGCGAUAAAAGUAACUGAUCGGUCUUCUAAAUAUGAUUCAACUGCUGAACUAGUGUCUGGAGGACCCGGAUCUAAGGGUUGCACCAUUAAAAUCAAAUCAAAACGUGGCAAAAAGAUAAAAUCACGAGUAGAAAUCUGGGGACGAUAAACUUCUGCAUUCUAUUUUUUUUAUUACACCUUAUCUGCCAAAAAAGGAAAAUGUUAUUUAAUAGAGAAUAAAGUUUGAAAGUGUUCUGCUUUUAUUUUA